AGCCGCCGGAGAGCGCAGUCAUGUUCCCCAAAGGGAAAAGCGCAGCGGUGCCGUCGGACGCUCAAGCUCGGGAAAAGUUGGCGUUAUAUGUCUACGAGUACCUGUUACACAUCGGAGCUCAGAAAUCAGCACAGACUUUCUUAUCAGAGAUCAGAUGGGAAAAGAACAUAACACUGGGGGAACCUCCAGGCUUUCUACACUCAUGGUGGUGUGUGUUUUGGGACCUUUAUUGUGCUGCGCCUGAAAGAAGGGACAACUGCGAACACUCCAGUGAAGCCAAGGCUUUCCAUGACUAUAGUGCAGCAGCAGCUCCGAGCCCUGUUCUGGGCAACCUGCCACCCGGAGAUGGCAUGCCAGGUGGGCCUAUGCCCCCCGGAUUCUUCCAGGGUCCAACUGGCUCACAGGCUUCUCCUCACUCACAGCCUCCACCUAACGCUAACAUGAUGGGCGCUCAUGGACAGCCGUUUAUGUCCCCGCGUUACGCAGGAGGACCUCGGCCGCCCAUCAGGAUGAGUAACCAGCCUCCAGGAGGACAGCCUUUACCUCCAAAUGUAAUCGACCCCACGCGGCCUCCAGGCCAUCCGAAUCUGGGACCCAUGCAGAGGAUGAACAUUCCGCGAGGGAUGGCACCGAUGGGACCCGGACCACAGUCUGAUCCAUGGUUAUCAUUGCAGAACUACGGUGGUGGGAUGAGGCCUCCGAACUCUAUGGGCCCCAACAUGCCAGGAGUUAACAUGGGCCCAGGACCCGGUAGACCGUGGCCUAAUCCUAAUAACACCAACACGAUCCCGUAUUCGUCUUCAUCUCCGGGCACAUACGUGGGUCCACCAGGAAGCGCAGGAGGAGGAGGAGGCUGUCCACCAGGAACUCCCAUCAUGCCAAGUCCAGCAGAUUCGACUAAUUCUGGUGAGAAUCUGUACACAAUGAUCAACUCCGUGCCACCAGGAGGGAACAGGUCCAGCGUGAGUCAGUUCCCGUUAGGUCCAGACGGCUCCAUGGGAGGGAUGGAGCCUCACCACAUGAACGGCUCGUUAGGCUCAGGGGAUAUAGACGGGCUUCCUAAGAAUUCUCCGAAUAACCUGAGCAGUCUGAGUAACCCGCCCGGCACGCCGAGGGACGACAGCGAUUUAGGAGGGAACUUCCUGCACACUUUCCAAAGCGACAACUAUUCCCCAACGAUGACCAUGAGCGUGUGAUCUGCUCCAGCAGCUCAAUGACACACCGAGAAAAUCUGCACACAACCAGAGAGUGACUUCAGUCUCGCACCAGCGAGACGUCCAUCAGAAACCCAGUCCUGGAUGUCCAGCGUGUCCAACAUCGUCCUUCUGACCCACUCGUCUCAGCUGUAGCGCUUCUCUUUUCUACAGUCGUGUUUUUGCCUUCAGGUUUUUUUUAAUCAUCAUUUAUUAUUAUUUUCUUCAUCAGAUGUGUUCGUCGUGGUGCUGGAGCUCUCUGGACGCCAUUUUAGGACCAGCGUAGUGGACAAAAAAAAAAAAAAAACUGAAAGAACAAGAGUUUUAUCCGUAACAUUCCCACAGCCCGGUUUCAGCUCAGCGUUUCCCCUCACAGCCGUGUCGGCGCUUUUCUACAUCAGCGUAAAAUAAACUGGAUUAUUUCCACACGGGACGUCAGAGAACAAUCGGAAAAUGUUUCUCUUCCAUUAUUUAAGUUUGUUUUUGCCAACCUCCCCCCCCACACACACACACUCUACCUUUAAUCAUUCUUUAAACUUUACAUCAUGUGUUUUAGAUUUUUAUAGUAAUUAUUUUUGACUUUUAUAGUCCUUUCCUAUUUGAUAUGUGAUUUGGCUCGAAUAUUUAUUUUGCAGAUAAUCUCACUGCAUCCUGACAGAGAUUAGGGAUCAACCUUGUGACAUUUUUACAAUUUUUACUUUUUCUGAUGCUUGCUAACGAGUUCUCUAACAUGCACGUUCGAUUAUAAAUCACCCAUCCUUAAUUAGGUCUUGUCUCAUUCAUCAGAAUUUUUUUCCCUCAGUAAUCAGGAUAUAAUCUGACAUGACUGGCUGUGAUUUGGUAACUCAAGCACAAAGCAGUACAGCAGCAUAUUAGGGCCACUGGAUGUUUAAAAAAUAAUAAAUUACGGGGCUGGGGGAGAGAGGGGGGUAAUACUCAGA